AUGGGUGGAGUUCUAAGUUAUUUUCGUGGUCUGUUUGGACAGCGUGAGAUGCGAAUUUUGAUUCUGGGUUUGGAUGGUGCAGGAAAAACUACUAUUCUAUACAGACUGCAGGUUGGGGAAGUUGUUACAACAAUCCCAACCAUUGGAUUCAAUGUUGAGCAAGUGGAGUACAAGAAUCUCAAAUUCCAGGUGUGGGAUCUUGGUGGACAAACGUCAAUUCGCCCGUACUGGCGGUGUUAUUAUGCAAAUACCGACGCCAUUAUUUACGUUGUCGACUCUGCAGAUAGGGACAGGGUUGGAAUAUCACGCCAAGAGUUGGUGGCUAUGCUCCAAGAAGAUGAACUUCAAGGCGCCAUUCUUGCUGUCCUUGCCAAUAAACAGGAUAUCCCCAACUGCCUGACGCCUGCUGAAGUCCACAAAGCACUAGGCCUAGAAGCCCUGCGAAAUAGGACGUUCCAGAUUUUCAAGACUUCCGCUUCAAAGGGAGAAGGUCUCGAUGAAGCUAUGGAAUGGUUGGCAAACAAUUUGCAGCAAAAAAAGUAG